AUGGUUCUGUGCGUUGCUGCAGUGCUCCCUUUUUCUGUAGAUAGCAAUAACGCCGUGGAUCAGGAGCUCCCUGCUUGUUGGAAUAUGGCUCUCGUGCUCACUGACGGUUGGUAUUCCGUGUACGCGGUGCCUGAUGCUCCUCUAGCCGCUAUUUUGUGGAAACUUCAUGCGAAAUCAAGUCUCGUUGGCACAAAACUCGCGGCGUGGAACGCAUCGUUGCAAAACUCAACAGAGGGGAUCGACCCGCUGGACUGCGCUAUCGUUCGUGAAUCGAAGUGGAGCAACCCUUUGAUGGCUACGGAGGACCUAACGCAAUGGCCAUAUCUGCAAUUACGCUUCAACAGCACGCGUCGUGUGAGGCUCGACACGCGCUUAGGAGUGGAGAAGCUACAUUACGUGACCCCCGUCAACUCGCGCCAUCGGAAACAGCAGCCACAAGUCUCAUUUUUAUUGUUAAAGAGCGUCCCUUUGAAGAGUUUAGAGGUCGGUGGCGGGAUGGUUCGAUCCGUGCGCGUUCGAGUGACUCGGAUAUCUCCUGUGCUUCAUCUCCAGUCCAAGGGAUGGACGUUAGGACCGCGGAUUCUAUGCGAGGAGCAGCUCCCACUGUACUUUCAACUCCGAUCCGAGUAUGCGCAAGCUGUCAUGCGGAAAAAACAUCAACACGAGGACAGAGAUGAAUGGUCUGGUGACGAUCAGAUCGAUGUGCCGUUACCCAUUCCUUUUAUCAAAGUGGACGUGGAAUGCACACACAGUUCUUCUAGUGACAGACAGGGAAUUGGUUGCGGUAUCCUGACGAUCUGGCGGCCUAACGAGGACUUACUAUCCGGUGGACUAAGAGAAGGACUCGAGUAUUACGCCAGCAGUUUGACUGUGAAUUGGAAACUCGACGGCGGACGUGGCCAGGAUGCUUUUCUGCGACUGAGCUCGACGAAGCAUAGCAGUUUUGAAGAAGUCCGUGAAGACUUAGCCAAGAACGAUGCAGAAAUUACACAACGACGUGUGUGCGUCGAUGUUCAACAAGCGACAACGGACUAUCGAGCCAAUUUCGAAGAUGGAACUAAUGGUCGUAGGAACGAACGGAGACCAACGAUCGAUGUUUGUGUCUGUGUUGUGCUUGCAGCAACUCGAGAAACACAGGAAGUCACCAGCGCGAGAAAGACACAAGCAGACGUUUCGCUGCUUGAUCCCGAGCUAAAGCCACAAGAAUCUCGAUAUGUCGAGCACGUCUUCGUGACGGACCAAAGCUGCCACUUGAUGAGUAUUCGUGUAUCUGGCAUGGAAGUGAGUACGUCGAAAAAGAAAAGCAAUAGUCCUUUGAAGCGCUCAGCGUCGUCCUCGUUCGUCUUCCGUCGAGGCAGCAAGAAUAUCUGGAAAGAAGGCGCAGUGUUGUGCCUAAGUGGACUGGAAGUGUCGCACUACGACGAGCAACUGCGUGUUCUAGACUGCGUCUUGGUUGAAAGCACGCAGAUUGUGUCGUAUCCCUCGAAGAGAUCACCUUUCUGGAACCAUUUUCAGCUUCUUCAACGCGAAACACGCAGCUCUACGCAACUCGCCACCAGUUUCGCUGAAGAACUCAUUCAACUGAAGAAAUAUGUGGAGCGAGAUAUCUUACGAAUGUACUUUGUGCCCUCGCAGGAAUGUAACGAGCAUGUCGAGGUGGUGGAACAGGAACGACUUACUCAAGAUCUUCAGGCUCACGAACAAGGUGAAGACGCUACAGUUGCUGACUCGUCCAACUCUGUGUAUUGGGACGCACGCGUUGUCAAGAUGAUGCCGCUGAUUGGGCCAAAUCGAUUCAAGUUUCCGAGUGGUGUGGAAGCCUUCGCGUGUGUGAACAUGGGGACAGAUGACACGGCAUUGCGGACGGUGUAUCUUACGCGAGAAGUAUUACUAUCAAUGCAGGCCUUGCUUCAAGUAGCUGGCGGUCUGGAUGCUACAGCGAGUGACGCCGCCGAGGUUCAAACUAUCACAGACAUGCUGGACAAACUCACGAAUCAAAAUGUCGACUACUUGUUCCGAUUUGAAGUCCGCCAGUCCACCAACGAGCGUCUGAUGAAUAGCUGGAAGCCAUGGGAGCGUCUGAACGCGUCGUACUGGAUGGCGGUGUCGGUUGCAGCUAUUCCAACUGUGAAGUGA